AGCGCAGGCGCACAAACCCCGCCUCUCUCCUGUGCUGUGUGCAUUCGCAUUGUGUCUAAACAGGCGGCGAGCAAAAAGAUAUUUUACCAACAGCAGUAAUGUCGGGCAGGUCGGUUCGAGCGGAGACGCGGAGCAGGGCGAAAGAUGACAUCAAGCGGGUUAUGGCUGCAAUUGAAAAAGUGCGGAAAUGGGAGAAGAAAUGGGUGACUGUUGGAGACACGUCACUGCGAAUCUACAAGUGGGUACCAGUGACAGAGCCCAAGUCAGAUGAUAAGAACAAAAACAAGAAGAAAGGCAAAGAUGACAAAUAUGGCUCUGAGGUCACGACCCCUGAGAAUAGCUCUUCUCCUGGAAUGAUGGAUAUGCAUGACGAUAACAGUAACCAGAGCUCAAUUGCAGACUCCUCCCCACUAAAGCAAGAGACCAGCAACAACACUAGUCCUGCACCUGAACCCUUGGCCGUUUCUCAGAAUGACAGCAAUGACUUGAAAAGUGACCAAUAUCCUUCCAAGCAGCCUUCAUCUGUUCAGGAUCACAAGAGUGAACAAAACCACUGCUCAUCAGAAUCUAUAACAGCCAACAGGGACAGCAAGUCACAGGGGGAUUCAGAGCACUUUUUAGACUCUUCCAAAUCAGCCCAGGAACCGGAAGAUGGUGCUCCCCCAAGCAAAAAAGGGAAAAUCGAUUCUUCCUCUGAAGAAAGUUAACUAUCUUCUCCCAGCUGUCAGGGAUUUGCAAUCCCUGUUUCUUAUCUUGAAACACAUCACAACAUAGGAGGUUUUCUUCAGUUCAACACUUUCCCCUAUAACCAUGUAUUCACUUUAAUCCAGAAAACCUGUCUCUUGCGGUCCUUUUUAGUGUAGAGGGCAUGUUUGGAUCAUCAUUAUCUGACUAAAGGUUAUGAAUCAAGUUGUGUGAUUUUGCACUGAUCCUAAAACAGUUCAAACUGCCCUACAAUCAUGACAUGCUAUUUCUUUUGACAAGAUCAGUAUCGUCAAUUGAAACGGCACAGGAACUGUCAUAGUUUUUCCAGAUUGGCAUUGAUAUCAACUGCCAUUUGCAAUUAAAAAAAACAAAAAAUUUAUCAAUCACCUUUUCUUGUUCACUCAGGAAGGUCAACACACUGUUUUUUUUUAAAAACAUGCUGAAAGUAACUGAUUUCUGCUGCUGUA